AUGGCCUUGCAAUAUGAUCUUGUUCAAUAUCCUACAUCUGACACUAUAAAAAUUGUCACCUAUUUACUAGAACGCAUCACCAAAACGAAUGAUAGAAUACAGCCAUCUUCACGACAUGCCACUCCAUACGCUUGCUUUUACGCACGAGCCAUACCCAAUAUUGAUAUUCAAUCCUACCUUGCGCGUAUCCUCAAGUACUGUCCUUGUGCUAAUGAAUGCUUCCUCAGUCUGCUGGUCUACUUUGAUCGCAUGUCUCGCAAUUCAUCUGGUCUCAGAAUCGAUUCAUACAAUAUACACAGAUUGAUCAUUACAGGUAUCAUGGUAGCCAGCAAGUUCUUUUCUGAUGUAUUCUAUACGAAUGCCAGAUAUGCCAAGGUCGGCGGUUUACCUGUUGCUGAGCUCAACACUCUGGAGCUACAAUUUCUCAAAUUAAACAACUUUAAACUGAAUGUGCAAGUGGAGGAACUUCAGCAAUAUGGAGAUCAAUUACUUUUGCACUGGAUCAGAGAACAUCAGAUAAAGAGAAACAGCGAGAAUUGCUACAAAAAACAAGAGUUCAAACCCAUGAUUCGCUAUACGACUAGCCAUACUAAUUGCUCAUCUAAUCUAAUCCUAUCAACAGAACAGCAAAUGACUGAAAAGUACGAUUCUACUACUAAAUGUUAA